GUCGUUAAUUGUACCAACUAGUGGAAAUCCUGCUGGACGCUUCUCUCGCAAUAAUCAGAAAGCUUUCAGCGUAUGUUUCGUGCAGUCACGACUCGGAGUUGGAGCAACUGGCAAUUUGCCGUGCGGUACCACGCGUACCCAGGGCCGAGACUUUCUCCUCGAGACUUCACGCCCUUGGAACUCCGAGCUCGAGGCUACCAAAAAAGCACACACGGACGGGCAGAUGUACCGCCUCUCGCGUUCGCAUUCGAUAUAGAUGGAGUCCUGCUUCGGGGUCCGAACACGAUACCAGCGGCGAGGCGCGCGCUGGCAAUGCUCGAAGGAGCUAAUCCGACAGGAAGAAAGAUACCUUACAUACUGCUUACCAACGGCGGCGGCACCAGUGAACAGGCUCGGUGCCAGAAGCUCACUGACCAACUAGGAUUCAAGAUUGACUUGCAUCAAUUCGUGCAGUCUCACACUAUCCUGAAGUCCGUGGUCCAUAGGUACACAGACUCCCCGGUGCUCGUGCUAGGAGGUAGGAACGACGACGUACGCAAGGUAGCGGAAGGAUAUGGCUUCAAACAGGCUUACACUACCCUCGACGUCCUGGCAUGGAAUCCGGCGGUCUGGCCAUUCCACGAUCUCACGCCCUCAGAGCGCGAGUCAACGAAAACGGUAGACUUCUCGAAAACUCCGAUCUCGGCCAUCUUUGUGUUCCAUGAUCCUCGUAACUGGGCGCUCGAUAUUCAAAUUAUCUGCGAUGUGAUUCUGUCCCGAGGCAUCAUUGGAGCACCUCAGGGGACGCGUCUAUCUAACUACGGUCGGCGACCUCCGGACUUGAUCUUCUGCAACCCAGACGUACUAUGGGGUUCAGAUUUCCCGCGACCAAGGCUUGGUCAGGGCGCCUUUCGCAUUGCUUUCCAGGCCGUUUACAAGACCUUGACGGGCAGCGAAUACUAUGAUGUCCAAUAUGGCAAGCCGACGGAAGCGACUUACCGAUUUGUGAAGCAAGUGUUAAAGGACCGUUUCAAGGAUCUCUAUGGUGAUGCCGCAGUUCGUCUGCCAAAUAUAUACAUGGUGGGAGAUAACCCUGAGUCGGAUAUAGCCGGAGCAAAUGCAGCGGGAUGGUCCUCAGUGCUAGUUCACACCGGGGUCUAUGACCCGCAACAGGGUCCUCCUGCUCAUGAACCUACUCACCAGGCUCGGGACGUUGAAGAAGCUGUGAAGUGGGCUAUUGAGCGCGAAUUGUCCAAAAGAUAUUGACCGUCUUCAUGAACCGCCGAUAUACUGCAUUAUGUGUGGUCCGCCUUCAUCGUACGAUUUUCGCGAUCCCACUAGCCUUGUAUAUCUCUUGCGAUAUCUUGCACGUCUUAAGAUAUAAAACUACAAAUUGUAUCUUGAGGUUCACCCCCUU